GAUCAACCGAAGAACAAAAAUAUUUUUGCAGAGGGCCCUUCGAGGGGAAGUGCCUUAAGGGACGACGAAUGGGUGAAGGAUGUCGAGGGCGCCGACGAUGACGAGGACUUCGUGUCCGAAACCGAAGUGGAAGCCGUUAGACAAGUCUUUGUGCGUGCACAAAGGGUGCUGCGAAUAAAUGAGCCGCGAAUGCAAACUGCUCCCCAACCCCACGGUGGGAAGGGGGUUCGCAAGGUUGAUGUCGUCAUCGAUGUUGAGGAUGGUCAAGUGGCAAGGGAGAUCCAAGUGAAGACAGCUUCGCAGACAACGCACUUUGGGGGGACUGUUGCGAGGACACCUAUGACUGCGCCGCCUGACGGGCAAGAUUUUGUGAGGGUGCAAUCACCCCCAGCCACACCAUGUGCCCAAACAGUUCCGGCCGCGGGAGGGGCCACGAAGGUGGCGACGCAAGGAAAUGGUCAAGCUGCACAACGACAAGACGCGGUGGAUGCGCAGGGCGGUGUCGUGGCGGGAUCAUCUAGACCGACGACGGUUGCAGCAGUCGCGGGGAGAUGUGGGGAAGAUGACGACAACGAGCCUUUGGUGAACAGGCAACGGUGGGGAACGACACCAGAUGGGAUCGAAAAUGCGACAAAGUUGUGGGUGGAUAACAUGAGGUUUUGGAACGAGGCGGAGGGUAGUGGACUCUUCAAGCUCAUCGAGGAAGCGCAACUUUAUUUGUUGGCCAUCGGCAGGGGAGUCACGAUGCUCGAGAUCCGUCGGACUGAAGGCGGCGAAAAGCAGGGCCAUCAAAGUGCAGAGCAUCGCCUUGCGCGUCAUCCACGGAUGAAUCUUAAAGUCCCCGAGUCGCUCACAGGGCUACCACUCCGUAGGUAUGUGUUGAACCACCCGACGAUGGACAUCGUCAGCGUCAUGUGGCUUGGAGAGGACUGGUGCACGUGUGUCAGCCCCAUUGUCUGCCACAUCACACUGGACAUGGACAUGAAGCUCCCCAUUUGGUUCGUCGGCGCGCACAACGAGGACAGACACGAGGACGACGAGUUGGCAUGCUACCAAGAGGCGACCAUGCAGCGCCUGGUGGGCGCCUUCACUAGUACCGUCAGUCUGGGGAAGGCAAUCGACUCGGGGUGCAUCUCCUAUGAAAGGCUAAGGAACAUCGUUGACGCUAUGAGGCUUCUACUCGCGGAGUCAAUGUGGUUGAUGAGGAUGAGCAGGGAUGAUCCGCGUUCCCAUUUCGAUGCGUCAUUGUUCGUGCCGCUCACCACAAAGCCGACACUGGUGGUGGCCAUGCAUCAAUCGUUCGAUGGUCGUCGCCAUAUCCUUCAGGCAGUAACCGUCAUGAUAGAGAGGAUGGGGAAACCCGCCAUGACGUUGGCAAACCCGCCGUCGAUGCGAAUACCCUUACAAGGGUAUCCGCCCUGACUUUCGCAAAUGACAGAAAAUAAAUUGGUUUAAGGAUU